UUCGGGGUCUGAGAUUGGUAGGGGCUGGGACUUUCCCGCCGGGCCCAAGGCUGGCGGGAGGGAAUUCCCGCCUAUACGGUGGCGACGGGGUGGGGAGGAAGAAGAGGGCAGCGCUUCCCCUCCUCCUCCUCCUCCUCCUCCUCCUCCUCCGUGAGCGAUGGAUCCGCGGAACCGCCUUGUGGUAUAUAAACCCCGGCGAAGUUGCUUCCCGGAGCAAAGGUAACAGGCUCCUGAAGAACAUCCUCUCUUCUUCUUCAGAGUUUUGCCACCGUUCAGAUCAGCCUGCUGUUCUCGUUUGCCUUCCCAGAUCUUCUCCAGGGAUCUCAUCAGUGUUUCUCCCACCGCACUUUGGAUUACUUGCACGAUGCGGAGAUUUCUCUGCUUCUGCCUCGCCUUGAACGCCUGGGCUUUCGCAAGAGGUGCGGAGGAGGAGGACUUUAUACGCAUUUGGCCACAAAACCCGAUGGUGGAAUUUAAUGGCUCUGUUGUACUGAACUGUAGUUCCAGCUGUAAGGCCAUUAGUCUUGAGACAUCUUUAAAGUGGGUUCAGGCAGGAACUGGGACCAACUGGAAAGCCUUCAACCUCACCAAAGUUGACCAGUGGACUGCCAGACCAUUGUGCUUUGCUCGCUGUGACAGAGGAUACAGAAAGCUUCUCCGUGCCAACUUCACCGUUUACCGAGCUCCAGAGCAUGUAGUUCUGAACCCAGUGCCAAAGAUGGAGAUUGGGAAGGAGUACAAGUUGACAUGCCAAGUUUCUGGUGUGGCCCCCAUCCAGAACCUCACGGUGACCCUGUUCAAAGGAAGAAAAAAACUUCUGGUGAAGACAUUUGAGAAUUCUACUACCACUGAAGCUGAAGAUGUUGUGGUGCCCCAUGUCUUCACUGUGCAGAAGGAAGACCAUGGGGAGGAAGUCACCUGCCAGGCUGCUCUGGAUCUGAGACCAGAAGGACCACUUUUUGAAAUGGCAUCUCACAUUGAAUCACUGGACCCUGUUGAUUUCCCCAUGGAUCCUAAUCUCGGAACCCCAUCAAUUAUAGAGACUGAUACUGAGAUAACUGUGACCUGUGAUGUAGCUGGAGUUUUUCCAGCCAAAGAGGUCAAGUUUGAGCUGUCCUAUGAAGGAAAGAGUCUGAACCCUGAGGUCACUGCAUCAAGAGAUAGUGCCAGUGCUCGGGGUCAAGUCUCCUUCUCAUCAGAAGGAACUCACAAAUUGACUUGCACAGUCUCUCUGGGACCAGUGAACAGAACAGUAGAGAGAUCUGUGAAUGUAUACAGUUUACCUGAGCCUGUCCUGCACCUUGUCCCUUCAGAAGUCAUUGCUGGUUCCAUGGUGAUGGUCAACUGUACCUCUAAUGGUCCUGUGUCCCCGGGGGUUGUCAUGCGGCUUAAAAAUAACAGAGAAAUUCUACCUUCCAGAGACUUGGACAACCUUUUUGUGCAGCAUGAAGUGAAAACACACAAAGAGGAUGAUGGGAGGGAAUUUGUGUGCGAAGUGCAGCGGAUGAUUGAUGGGCAGCAUGUUGUGAAACACACUGCUAAAAGUCUCACCGUCUUCUAUGGUCCCAGGAUGAAUGGUUCUUCUUGCCCUGAUAGGUUAACAUGGAAGGAGGGCGACAUGGAAACAUUGACCUGUUCAGCCUAUGGAAACCCACCACCAACUGUUGAAUGCAAGAAAGAUGGCACAUCUUAUACUAUUGGGAUACCAAUACCUAUCACCAGAGAACAUGAUGGAUUGGUUCACUGCUGUGCCACUAAUCCACAUGGCUUUGAUGAGAAGGUUGUGACCAUAGUUGUUGAAUUUUUUCCACCCAACUUCCUUGCAAUUAUCUUGCCAAUGGUCGCUUUGGCAAUGGUCGCUUUGUUUGCUGUAAUCUACUAUAAGUACUACACAACACAAAAAUGUGGGAAAUACAAUCUUAAAAAACCACAGCCUCAGCGAGAAGCAGGAAAUGCUGCAGAGGAAAAGCGCCUAAAUGGCGACACAAGUGUUUAAAUGGACAGGCGGCUGCUGGGAACUCAAGAGAACAGUCCGUCAUCCACGUGAAGCUGUACCUAUUCUCUAUGGUCAUUCCCCUCCUGAUCUGAUGGGAAGGGCAAGAAAUGGGGAAAGCCUUCACCAGGUGCUGAAAAAUUGAUGGGCAGCGCUGCAGCUGGACUUUUGAGGAGAGCGAGUUUUUGCACUUUCAUACAGAGGAUUGUAGCAUUCACUACACAGGAGUCUCCAGAGAGAUGGACUCCAGGAUUUGCUUCAGGCUGCCUCUUUAUUCAAAGUUGUCCUCCAGCCUCACGGCUCCAGAAGAAGUCAAACAACUGCAGAUACCUUGGUUAAAACCUGAUUGCAUCCAAAAGGAUUUGGCUGGAUGGAAGCUUGGAAGCACCACAAUUGCCAUUCUUUCCCCAGCAACAUAGGUUGUGUUGAUCCUUCUUUGUACCAUCCAGGUGCUUGGGGAUUUUAAACAGUUGUACAAACACAUUGCUCUGUGAAAAUACGGUUGUCAUUGUCACUGCUGACACUGCUCCCUGCCCUGCUCUGCACCUGAUGUCCUGGGAGGCCUUUUGCAGCACAUGUUUGAACUUCAAGAAAGGCCUUUUAUAGCAUGUGUGAUGGCAAAGCCCGCAUCAAAACAGCAGGAAAUCCAGGGUGUUUCCUGGUACAUAAAGUCAAGAUUCUGUUGUUUAGACAUUCUGCAUGCCAUAACUCUUAGGCUGACUCUUUUUUAAGAAUGUGAAGCUGAAUUCCCUUCCUAGCCAGAAGAUUUGAAGGAUAGGUGUAGAAUGCAGGCAUGCCACCGACUGAGAUUGAAAGCAAGAUCCCCUUUAGGAAGGGUGUACCUUUAAAAGAUCACUUGGAGGUGCUAGAUCAAUGGUUCUCAAUGUGGAGUUCCCAGAUGUUUUUGCCUUUAACUCCCAGGAAUCCUAACAACUGGUAAACUGACUGGGAUUUCUGGGAGUUGUAGGCCAAAAACAUCUGGGAAGCCCAGGUUGAGAACCACCGUGGCAAAUGUAUGUGUGCACACUCGGAGUUUAACACCUCUGCUGGUAUAAAUUAAUCCAAAUCAAGCCUUUGUCCACACACAAAGCUAAAGCGAAAUUUAACUUAAACUUGCUCUGUAGUAUGAGUGUAAAAACCCAAAACUAUUGUCUCAAAGAUACAGUCUCCUGUAUUCUGUUAUACAUGCAUCAGAAUUUAUCCAGAAAGGAGGAAAGGCUCUGGAAGUAUUGAGAUGCUCCUUUUGAUUUUUCCUGUAUGGUUUUGAAUCCACAUUCUUUCUUGAAAUAUUUUAAUUUUCCAUCCUUUUUGCCUUGCGUCUUCAUCCUCUAAUCCUAUGUCUCAUCUAAACUCAGGUAGCUUUUCAGAAAUUGGCUUUGACCACUUCCAUUGAGCUCUUUUAAAUUAUUAUUCAAGAUUUACAAUCCAUGUUUUCAAGUGCUUUCACUAUUUAAUAGUUAUGAUCAUUUUCUUGCAAGCAUUCCACUUAAUCUCUGUUGAAUCUGCUAUCUUGAAAUCAGUCACUGGAGCCCCUUCUACACUGCCAUAUAAUCCAGUUUCUAAUCCAGAUUAUCUGAUUUGAGCUGGAUUAUAUGGCUGUAUAGACUCAUAAUCUAGUUGUAAGCAGAUAAUCUGGGCUCAGAUACUGGAUUAUAUGGCAGUGUAGAUACAGCCUGGAUUUCUUAAUAAUAGCCAUCUUAAUUCUGGUAUAACAAAAUGAAGCAUAUUUCAAGUCUGGAAAUACAGGUCAAGCAUCCCUUAUUCCUAAAUCCAAAACUGCCCAGCUAGGUGACUAGGAUAAUGAUACCUAUGCUAUCUGAUGGUACACAAGCUUAGCUUCAUGUACAAAAUUUUAAAUAUUGCACAAAAUUACCUUCAGAAUAUGUGUAUGUAUGUGUAUGCAAAACAUUCCAACAUCCAAAAACAAGUAAAAGGCUUCGGGUCCCAAGCAUUUUGGGUAAUGGAUACCCAACCUGUAGUGGGUUAAAUUAAACUGAUCUGGGGACUGGGAAUGAAAAGUCCUUUCGGGUCCUUCCUUAAAAAAGGGGGGGGGGGGAUUAUGUCGAGCUCCAAAAUAAAAUGUACAGGAGCAAAACCUAGGACUUUCAUACUUCUUUCUUGUCUGGAAAGGCUCUAUGUUUCACAUGCAGUGAAAUGGGUGCAAGGGAGAUUUAAAGCCACAGUCAUUGUAGAAACACCCACAUGACUACCUCAUGAAUAAUGGGGGUUUUUUUUCUAGGUAUACAUGUAAUAUACGUGAAACAGCCUUUGAGCAUAAGACAAACAGAGGAAAAAACACAGGUUCUUGAUGUUGCCAGUAUGACAGCUUUUGAACUUUGAAAGACUGUCACUGAAAUCCACCAUGAUGUAUAAAAAUAUUUUACUAUUUAAGUGUAUGUCUUGAAUUGCUCCAACGCUACAGUUUAAUUGAAGGGGUUGUAAAUUGUGUUGUCCCAAUCCCAACUUUCACACACCAACAUGCCAUUCUAAUAUUAUCACACAAUUUGUUUUUAUAAGAAUGUUUCAUUGAAAGGAAGUUUCAUUGAAUCCUACCCUGGGAGAGUGCGGAUGAGCUCCCUCUAUCAGCUCCAUGCGGGGACAUGAGAGAAGCCCCCCACAAGGAUGGUAAAAACAUCUGGGUGUCCCCUGGGCAACGUCCUUGCAGACGGCCAAUUCUCAUUCCAGAAGUGACUCAAGUUGUUCCUGACAUAAAAAAAAAAUUGAAAGGAGAGAAAUAUGGAUCCCUUAAUUUGGCAUAUGCUAUCAACUGGGUACUUAGAAGACAAAACAGUAGUGAGUGGUGAUGGGAAUAUAAUGAAGCUCAAAAAACACUAUUUUUUAAAUUUUGUAAAAUAAACAUUUACUUCAA